GCAGAAGGGCCUGAGGUCAACCUGGCCCUGGUGGGUGCCUGAUGGGGAUCUGGGGAGGGUCUCUCCCAUUGUGGGCCAAGUAGGAGAGAAGCUGCUACCCCACCAGCCCUGGGGGAGAGACCGACGCCUAAGCCCCCUGUGACUCCCCCCCCCAAAUAGCCUGGGGUUGCCUGAGGGAAGGUGCACCACCACCACCACCCCGCCUGCUGCCCUUGGGUUCAGAGCUUCCGCUUCAGAGAACAUUUGGGGUCUCCCCAUCCGCCUCUGACCUGUGGAAACUUGGGGGACCAGCCCCAAGAAGGGAUCCACUCUCUUUCGCACCGGACCAGAGUUCUCCUCCCUUGCCGACAGACCUUUAUUGCCUGGAAAAGGAGCUGCCGAGGGGCCACGAUGGGCCGGCCGGCUGGAUCUGGGCCGGCUGGGUUUUAGGAUGUUUGGCCAGGCCAGAGGAUUGGCUUGGGGAACCGUGAGGUUCUUCUCCUGUUCCUCCAACCUUUGCUUUAGGCCGACGGCGAAGACCAUGGCGCUUCGCAACCUGCAGAAGGUUCUCUGUGUGGCAGAGAAAAACGAUGCAGCCCGUGGGAUUGCAGACAUCCUUUCGAACAGCAGGAUGAGGAGGAGGGAAGGAAUGUCCAAGUUCAACAAGAUCUAUGAAUUCCAGUAUCAUUUGUUUAACCAGAAUGUAACUUUGAUUAUGACAUCUGUGUCCGGACAUUUGCUGGCUCAUGAUUUUAAGGCACCAUUUCGGAAAUGGCAUAGCUGUAACCCUCUGGUCCUUUUUGAUGCUGAAAUUGAGAAAUUCUGCCCUGAAAACUACAUGGACAUUAAGCGCACCCUUGAGCGAGAGGUUCAGCCGUGCCAGGCCCUGGUGAUCUGGACCGAUUGUGAUCGCGAAGGGGAGAACAUCGGCUUUGAAAUCAUUCACGUGUGCAAAGCAGUGAAGCCAAACCUCCAGGUGUUCCGAGCCCGCUUCUCGGAGAUCACACCCCGGGCUAUCAGAUCCGCUUGCGAGAACCUCACCCAGCCAGAUCUGAACGUCAGCGAUGCUGUGGAGGUGAGGCAAGAGCUGGAUCUCAGAAUAGGUGCUGCCUUUACCCGGUUCCAGACCCUGAGGCUUCAGAAGAUCUUCCCGGAGGUCUUAGCGGAACAGCUCAUCAGCUACGGGAGUUGCCAGUUCCCCACCCUGGGCUUCGUGGUGGAAAGAUUCAAAGCCAUCCAGGCCUUCGUCCAAGAAACGUUCUACAGAAUUAAAGUGACUCACGACCACGAAGAGGGUACUGUGGACUUCAGCUGGAAGAGGCACCGCCUCUUCAACCACACGGCGUGCCUUGUCCUCUACCAGAUGUGCAUGGAGGCUCCUCGGGCCACCGUUGUGGAGGUUGGAAGCAAACCCAAGAGCAAAUGGAGACCUCUUCCGCUGGACACUGUGGAACUUGAGAAAUUGGCUUCCCGUAAGCUGAAAAUAAAUGCCAAGGAAACCAUGAAGAUUGCCGAGAAGCUGUAUACCCAAGGGUAUAUAAGCUACCCCCGAACAGAGACCAACAUUUUCCCCAAAGACUUAAACCUCUCCCAGCUGGUGCAGCUUCAGACCCAAGACCCCCAUUGGGGAGCCUUUGCGCAAAGGAUCCUGGACCAAGGGGGGCCAACCCCACGGCGGGGGACAAAGUCCGAUCAGGCUCACCCUCCCAUUCAUCCCACCAAACACGCCGGGAAUCUGCAGGGCAACGACCAACGCCUAUAUGAGUUCAUUGUCCGCCACUUCCUGGCCUGUUGUUCCGAAGAUGCUAAGGGGCAGGAAACCACGGUGGAGAUUGAGAUUUCCAAUGAGCGCUUCGUGGCUCACGGGUUGAUGGUCCUGGCCAGAAAUUACCUGGAAGUUUAUCCUUACGAAAGGUGGAGUGACAAGGUUAUCCCCCUCUACGAGGAGGGCUCCUGCUUCCAACCCACCACGGUGGAGAUGGUGGAAGGGGAGACCAGCCCCCCCCAGCUGCUCACCGAAGCGGACCUCAUUUCCCUCAUGGAGAAACACGGCAUCGGAACGGAUGCCACCCACGCGGAACACAUCGAGACCAUCAAGUCCCGCAUGUACGUGGGGCUCACCCCAGACCAGCGCUUCCUUCCAGGACACCUGGGAAUGGGGCUGGUGGAAGGCUACGACUCCAUGGGCUACGAGAUGUCCAAACCGGAUCUUCGAGCUGAACUCGAAAAUGACUUGAAGCUGAUUUGCGAGGGGAAGAAGGACAAGUCCGUCGUGCUGCGAGAGCAGAUCCAGAAAUACAAGCAAGUCUUUGUGGCUGCCGUGGCCAAAGCCAAAAAGUUGGAUGAAGCCUUGGCUCAAUAUUUUGGGGAGAUGACCCAGGUGGCUCAGGAGGAGGACAUUUACCCAGCGAUGCCCGAUCCGGUUAGGAAAUGCCCCCAGUGCAACUCCGACAUGAUCCUGAAGACCAAGAAGAACGGAGGCUUUUAUCUCAGCUGCUUGGGCUACCCUGCUUGUAAAUCCUCAGUCUGGUUCCCCGACUCCGUGCUGGAAGUCAGCAAGGAUGAUUCUGUCUGUGACGUCUGCAAGCCUCCUCCAGUGCAUCGGCUGAAAUUGAAGUUCAAGCGAGGCAGCCUCCCGGCCAUGAUGCCCCUGGAAUUUGUGGGUUGCGUCGGUGGCUGCGAUGAAAAUCUCAGGCAGAUCCUAGACCUGAAGUACCUGCAAGGACCAGCCAGGGCUCCAACUCAGCCGAGGAAUCUCCCCAAGGAAGCCCCCGGCUCCCUUAACGGCACAAUCCACAGCCGUGGCCAGUGCAUGCUUGCUCCCAUGCCCCCUCCUACACCAGCACACAGGACUCCUCCAACGUUCGCCAAUGCGGCCGGGAACGAUGCCGUGAUGUGCAACUGUGGCGAGGAGGCCCUGCUUCUCACCGCCCGCAAAGAAGGGCCCAACCAAGGCAGGCAGUUCUACAAAUGCAACACCGGCAGCUGCCGAUUCUUCCUGUGGUCCGACCAGCAGGAGCCCGACAACAGGCCGAAUGGGACAUCGGGGUUCCUGGCACCGCCCCCGGGCUCUUCCCUGCCAGGGCCCAGGAGCUCAGCAGGGCCCAGGAGGGCGGGCUCUGAUCCUGGAGCCAGCGCUGGCCGAGGAGGAGGAGGCCCACUCUGCAGGUGCGACCAGCCCGUGGUGACCAGGACAGUCCAGAAAGAAGGACCCAACAAGGGGCGCCAGUUCCACACCUGCUCCAAGCCGAGGGAGCAGCAGUGUGGCUUUUUCGAGUGGGCAGAUGACAGCUUGUUGCCAGCUGCCUCCACCUUUCCUCCUUCCGUGGGCGAGUGGGCCAAACGAGGGCCUGGGGCCAAAGCAAAAAGAUCAGACAGCGACUCUUCUUUGACGGCGCCUACGAAGAGACCAAGGACGUGCAGCGUUUGCCACCAGCCUGGCCACACCAAAACCACGUGUCCGCAAAAUCGCUGAAGCGGUGUGGUCCACGGACAAGUCCAGGCCAGGGAGACUCAAGAAGGCCCGUUUGCAAACGAGAGUCUUGCAAGUGGACUUCUGAAAGAUCGGGGUCCUUUCUUGCAGACUUCAGUUUUCCACCUCCUCUUAAGUUUUAAAAUAUAGGUGGGACCAUAGAAGAACUUGAGGCUGGGGUUUCUAAACCGUGGCCACUUGAAGAGGGGUGGGCUUCAACUCCUGGAAUUCUGGGAAUUGAAGUCCACCCUUCUUCAAAUGGCCACGGUUGAGAAACCGCUUUAAACUCUCACACUAUGCUGAUGUUUGAUUUUAAAAAGCUUCUCUCUUCAGGAAUUUAAAUGAGGGCGUUUCUCAAAACACCUGGAACUCACUGUAGGAUUGAUGCUUUCUUAGAGAAUGUAAUUUCAGAGCUGAACAAACUUUUCCUCCAUAGGAAUCCUAUUCCACCCUCCCUGAAACUGGAAUAACCAGCCUCCCAUAAUUUAUUCAAAAGGAAAAUAUGUGUGUACAAAACCCAGAGAGUUUAAUAUUUGUAACUUCCUGCCCUGCUCGAUGCUCUAUUCUUAUGCUAAGGGCAGCUACUGCCUUCUCUCAACUGAUGUGGAUAUUUUUUUAAAUUAAAAUAUAUAUUUGGCUGAA